CUUUCCGGGCAUUAGCGGACCGUUUAAAAUGAAUUCAUUCUUCCCUCGUCCUGCAAGUGUCAACACGUCAGAAGUGUCCACUUAAUUUGAGGGGAGAGGGUAACUAUUUUAAGAGUUUGAAACGCAGCCCUCGAUUGAGAAUCCGUAAAUCAGUGAAAAAGAACGGCCGAUAUUUUUUGAGUGUCUGCGCUCAGAGUGUACAGGAAACCAACACUCCACCGAUUUACAAAUAAAUAUAGCUACGUUUUGGUUACGUUUGUUGACAAAUUGUUUAUCUCAGAUGGAGAGCCACAGUGGUGACAACAUCCCUGCAUCGAAAUGCAGCUCAGUGAAAUAUUACACAACGUUACCCUCCGAGACUACACCAACUGAAGAUGGCGAGCAUUCUUCCGAGCAAGUUGGUGGUACGGAGACAAGACCGAGAAGUGAAACUUCGACGCAAUAUAUUCCAAAAGCCGGGGGCCACUUACACUUUCAGAUACCGAGAAAGAACAAAGAAAAGAGAGCGUUGUUCCAGUAUGUGUCCUCAGAGUCCAGGGAGUUUGAGGACAUCUUGACUAUUCUGUCUUCCAGCUACAUAGAAGCCAGCUCCAACGGGACGUUCGCGUACACCAAGCUAAGAAUCGUCCACAGCGAACUGCUGGAGAAGAAUUUUGUAGAGAAAAGGAGGGAGCUGAAGCUGGAUGGGAGGACAGAGAAGGAGCUGGAGGAGACCCACUGUUUCCUGACUGCUGACUCCAUCAAGCUACCAUGGAUCUGUGAGAAUGGACUUCUUGUGGGGCACAGCUGGAUCACCGCUCUGGGAAACCCAGCUAAGGGUGUUUAUUUGUCUAAAUACUCAGACUUACUGCAGAUCAAUCCUUUUAACCCUGGAGUCAUGGGAGAGAUCAUCAUAUUCAAGGUUAUCAAGGGUAAAGUAAAGAGCAUCUAUGAUAACAUGUCUAAGAAGCUUUUGGAUCCCACACUCAGGUUUGACAGCCAUUUAUCGAAGAAUGCCAGCAUAGUCACAUCGCUCACCUCCUAUAGAGCCUAUGAGCUCACUCAGCAAUACUUCUAUGAGUAUGACUUUGAUGAGCUGAAGGCUCAGCCGAGGCAUGUGUGCCCCUAUGCAGUGGUCUCUUUCCAGUUCAAAGGCAAAGAUGCUUCGUUACAAGCCAAGCCCAUGGCUCCCCUAAGGUACAGGUCAAACAGCCAAACAUCUGUAGGAAGUAAAGGCAGGAGUAAAUACACAGUGUGGAGUGGAGAGCUUGUGAAUGGGGGUAGAGCAGUGUCCCAGGUCUCCUUCUGCUCCUUCUCUCCCCCCUUCCUGCCUUUCAAACUGCCAGAGAAGCUGGAGCUGGGUCUGGUGAUGAGUAUGGACCAGGUAACUCAGAUGAUCCCCUCGGCUCUGUUCUCCUGGAACCUGUACGCAGGCAGCCACCAAGUGUUGAAGAGUGGGACACACUGCAGUCUGCUGGAGGUGGUGGAUAAGAGCAAGUCAGGAGACUGUCUGGCAGCACUGCUUCAAGGCAUGGAGACACAGCGACUGGUUCUUGUCCACAUGUUGGCUGACAAAGGAUUCCUGUUCCUCCUGUCUUCAGUUCAGAUGGCCACCCCAACUGAAAGAAGAGAUGGGUUGAAAAAAUGCCUUCGAGCACUAUUUGUUUUUCAGGAGUCCAGGGACGUGGCAAAAUACAGUUCAAAGUGUCCAACUACCCAGGAGCCUUUACAGACGUCCUCCCUUGACCCCGCCAUGCCCCAGCUGAACAGCUUUGUCCCAGCCCUGCAUCACGCCCUGGUCAAGGUGCGCUGCAACCCGCCCGCUGACCUCUCGGCCGGGGUCGAGCGCCAGGCCAGGGACUACCUCAGUGGACUCCACCAUGGAAAGCGCCGCCACAUCCCCAUGACUGAAUAUGACACCAAGCUGGAUGACCGGGGGAAGCUGUUCCCGGCUCCCAAACACCACAAACUCAAAAUGGAGGGCUACCUGCGCUCCUACAUCUACAACCCCAACCUCUACACCAUGCCUGUUUUCCAAGCCAAGGAGAUGGUAGAGAGUUACUGCACUGUGCCCGAUGACAACAGCCCUGUCAUGGGCUGGGAGGGCAGUGGAGCCAAGUCAGUGGUAGGGUCAGAGGUCAGUCCUUAUGGUGCCACUGCUGCCCAGUCCCCGGGGGUCCAAGUCAACCACUCUCUCUCUCAGUUUCCCACUGACGCCAAACCUCAGAAGUUGAAGGAGCUGAUUAACCUGAUACUGUGUUGGCGGAACAUAGAGGGGGAUGUCCGGAAGAAGGGAGUACCGCAGGGAGGACGAAAGCAGGGGGCAGGUGGGUUGGACCCCCGAGGACUGAAGAGGAAGCCUGCAGAGAGGACUCUGAACUACCGGAAGAAGGCCUCACAGGAAAGAGGCAGAAGGGAUAGGAGAACAGCAGCAGCUGCAGAAAAGGGCCAGGGUCCUUCUUGUCUGUCCUCUGUGAUGCUGCAGAGUGUUGGUCUGAGAGACGUGGACCUGAGGAGAGACCGCUCAGAGGCUGCUUUCAAGUUGUCUGAGGGGAGAGGAGGAGGAGGAUGGUCAAGAGAGGGGACAGAGCAGACUAAAGCUCUGCUGUUUGAUAGGAUGAUCAAGCUGGGCCUGCCGCCCAAUCAGGACAUUGACCUGAGGAAACGACCUUCUGGGGGCCUGCAGGUCAAGGCUGACUUCUUGGAGACAGCAGGGAGCACGAACAGUCUGGAGGGCUUCAGUUCCAAUGGUGAAAUGCCCAGAAGAUCACAGUCCCAAUAUCAGGGGGAAGAACAGAUGCCAUGGGUCCUCAUCCCCAUCACAGGGCUGAAGUCAAACAAGUACUGUCUGAGCGAGAAGGACAACCCUCAGGACCCACGCUUUGUUCCCCAGAUCCCCAUGGCAAACAGAAGCUACCUCCCCUGUGUCCCGGAACGACGGGAAAGAAGCAUCAACUAUACGCUAGAGGAGCUCCCACAGCAUAGCCUCAGUACUUCCCUAGCGGUGUCAGAAGAGCCCAGCCCCUACCCCAGUCCCUGCCCAAGCCCCUGCUCGUGCUACAGUCCCAUGGAGGAUGAGCAGCAAUUAGCUGAAACCUCCUGCGACCCCACAGAAAUAAGCGGCAACCAUAAGACGAGCACAAACCAGAGCUUCUUUCAAAUCCCUGGUGCUCCAGCGAGCACCAGGCAACUAGACAAGUGCCGCAGCCCCUCACCUGAGCCUAAACCAAAUGGAGAACCAACCCGUACUAUCCCUAACCCUGUGGAGGCUGGGCAGGAACAGGUUGAAGGCAGCACAGGAAAAGUUAUAUCUGGCGUGGUUGCUGAAGAUCCAACCACAAUGGAUGUUGGACAAGAAGAGGGGGAGGAGGGAGAGGAGGAAGAAAAAGAGUUGGAGGAGGACGAUGAAAUUGAAGUGGUAGAUGAAGAGGUGGAGACGGUUAUAAAGCAGACAGAAGAGGUGUCACCACCCUCUCUUGACCUCAGUUCUCCUGAGCAGAUUCCCGUCCAAAAUCCUCCCCCCAUCCAGAACACUCCUCCCGUCCAGAGGCCCGUGCUGAGCAGAGUGAACUGUGUCCUGGACCAGCAGUUCAGCGACUUCUCUACAGAGAUGCAGAUCCUCCUGCUCAGAGAGAGUGUCCACUACAGCUCCCCCCUGAUCCCUAGCCAGAGUCCUCCAGGCCAUCCCCCCAUCCUGCCCUUCUCUGAGUAUGUCUCCUUCUACAACUCCUCCCCACCUAUGCAGGCCUACGUCAGCUCCCUGAGAGACCACAUGGGCACCGUCAUAGACACACAGGAGCAAUGGAUUCCUAGCAUGGUGGCCACUGACUCUCCCCUGGUCUUUUCUAACAAUAACCACCACCAUGCUAGCCACGUUCAUAGAACUACAUACAACUGGUACCCUUCAUCUCGUGGCCCUGUUUCUCACUCUGUCCCCAGCCCUCACCCUCCAUCCCUGUCUGCCCCUGGUCGUGCUAGUUCAGACUCUUACAGUUCUCUACCUGUGUCUCAUUCUGUCCCCAACUGCCACUCUCCUGCCUCUUCUUCUGGCCCCGGCCUUAACCUUGCUAGUUCAAACACUUACAGUUCUUUAGCAGUUUAUCCGUUUCCCUCAGCUGUGUCUCAGUUUAAUAGUAAUAAUAACAAUCAUGUUAUUAUUCACUCUUCAUCCUUCCCCGGUCCUGGCACUGCCUCUCCUUUUACCCCUCCCCUCUACAACAACCCAGCCCAGACAGAGCUGCCUCUAUCUCAGCUGCACUCUAGUCUAGCGCCCCUCCCCAUCCAACCACUGGCACUGGGCAACCAGUGGAUAACAAGAGCGCAAACAACAACAGAGAACCCGGACUCAGACUGCCGAGAGCAACUGGGAACGUGCAAGCCAAGUGCUAUGUCAACCACGACAAAGAACACUGACUUAGAUGCUCGUGGGCUACGGGGAAAGUGUAAGGCACAAACGAGUGCAACGUUUCAAUCAGAAGACAAUGUCAUAAUUGUUGAUCCUCCGGUUUCAGAAGCCACCAUGGUGGCUCCACAUCAUCUCACUCAGAUGAUUGAGAGUUCUUCAGGGGUGGGAGGGCCUUUCCCAAACUCAGGGCCGGAUCCACCUGCACCCAUCAGUAGUCUGAUUAGCCAGCUGAAACCUGAGCUGUUAAGUAACCUGGUGAAGAUUAUAAAAGAUGUCCAGAAGAACUCUGUCCAGUUCUACAUCCACCAUAUCAAGGAGUACAUCCAGAGAUUGGGGAACAUAGAACACAGUCCUGAGAGUUUCUUGGAAAGAGAGAACCGUUUGGAAAAGUAUGGUUCUCAUGCAGAACAAGGAAAUCACAGCUCACGUUCGUAAGAACUGGCACUUCUUUGAUGCUCCUCCUAUUGCUGUUUUACAACUAGGACACAGCUUACGGCUGGAGCCAGGAGCCAUUCUGCAUGAAAGGUGGAUACGAAAGUGUCUGAAAAAAAUAGCCCUUAUACACAUAACUUUGAUGAUGUUGCACCAGGGAGGUCCACUCUGGCACGGGACUUGAAUUGCCAAGGAGAACUAGAGAUUGUGAGAUAAAAAAAACUAUACUAACAAUAGCAAUUAAUAAAAGAGAGUUUGGCCAACUAAGGAGCUGACGACGAGUUCACAUUAAACAUCAAGCCCCGACCCUUCUCAAACCCAUUAAAGAAGUGCUAUGUGUGUGUUUUGAAGGUAACGUGGGUUUCAAUGACUCAAUCACAUGGGUCAGAUCUGAUAAUGGACCUCACCUGGUACUUAAACAAAGCCUGAGACUUUAACAUUACCCCACAUGCCACACUGUAAUGUAAAAAUGUGCCAUUCUAACUGUUGUAACCUAGAUAUAGGCUGCCUGCCAUAGCCUCAGGAGCAUAGUGCAAUGAGUGUCGUUAGUUGACAGAUGAAACAGUACCUGGGCCGGUGAGAUUUGUUUACUUAUUUUAAGCUACAAAUUUUGAAUAAAUCUCCUCCAGUUGGUUGGCAUUUUGAAACUACAACCUGGUUUGGUUUUUGAAAACAAAAUAAAUGGGAAGAAAGAUUAAUUAAUUAAAAGCGAAAAAGUCUCCACUUACUUAAAAUGCAGCCAGAGGAUGGAUCAAGAGGAUGGAGAGAGAGAGAGCAAGAGAGACUAAAGGUGUCAAUCGUAGGUCUGAGUGGUCUGAAUAGAAGGGUGGUAGGUGUGAAGGGUCUUUAUUUGGAGCUGCAGGGUAAACAGAAUAUAACACGUUUAGAAUUGUAUUUGACUGCUGUGUAUGUAGGAUACUUAUUUUAAUAAACAUGUUUAAUUGAGCAUUAAGAUUGUACUUCGUUUGAAAGUGGAUUACAUCACAAAAACUACAGGUGAUGUAUAAAAAUGUAAAGAAUGUGAAUGAUGGAUAAUAAGAUGACCAUUGGAUAGAUACACAUUCACUGUGGAUGGGAGCAUUGCUGGGUCCAAUUCAUCCAUUGUUUGCCGUUUUAGAUCUUGUGGAGCAAACAAUUGUCUUUAGAAAGGCUUUGAAAAGACUAGUUGAACUAGCUCUAUUAGACAGGGGUGUCAAACUCAUUCCACAGAGGGCAGAGUGUCUGUGGGUUUUUGGUUUUUCAUUUCAAUGAACACCUGGACAACCUAACCAGGUGAGCAGAGUUCCUUGGUAAUUUUUGACCUUCAUUUAUCAAUCAAGGGUGGUGUCACGACUCCCGCCGAAGUCGGCUCCUCUCCUUGUUCGGGCGGCGAUCGACGUCACCGGCUUUCUAGCUAUCGCCGCUCCAUUUUUCAUAUAUCCAUUUGUUUUGUCUUGUCCCAUACACACCUGGCUUUCAUUCCCUAAUCAUUCUACAUCUAUUUAGCCCUCUGUUUCCCAUCAUGUCUUUGUGUGUAAUUGUUUGUUUGGUAUUGUGGAUUAUUGUCGGGCGCUUUACUUUUGUCAUGUUCCGUGUUUUUGGCAUGUUAUUGUUUUUAAGUGCUGUGUAUUUUGGAACGGAAUUAAAGUGCGCCUGUUCACAACA